AGAUGGUUCAUCCCUCGUCAGCAUUUCACCCGUACACCCGUCCAAUUCCCACCACUUCCGGUCAUGAUUUGCCAGUUGAUGAUAGUCUCAGGUUACUGCUCUCUGCUGAAGCCCUCAUAGCAUUAGCUCAACUCCAAGAUGCAUCGAAGAUCUUGCCAUCAUAUGAGCCAGUCAAGGAUUUUUCUCCACAACUUCUUCCAGCAAUGACUCCAACGCCGAUUAUAGCAACACCUUCGAUUCCUGAGCAACCACAGCCACUUCAGUCUCCAAGUGCUCCAAAUGAAAAGUCACGAAGAAAAAGAACAACGUUCUCACCAGAACAAGCAACUCGUCUUGAAGCGGAAUACAUUGGUGACAGUUACAUGGCCCGGGAGAAGCGUCAUUUGUUGGCUCAAUCCUUAAAACUCUCAGAAAACCAAGUGAAGACAUGGUUCCAGAAUCGAAGAGCAAAGGAUAAACGAGAUAGAAAAUCGGAGAAUGCAUCAAACCACACUUCCAACUCAAGACGGUCAUCCCCAUCUCGAAAGUCUUCAUCCGACUCCACACCAACUCCAACUCAAGCCACCCAAUUCGACAUGCCGACUCAAAUUCAAACUGCUAGCCCUCCAACUACCGCUGACUCUGCGAUUUUUCCACCGACUUCCCCAGAAAGCAUUAUUCAAAAAAUUGAGCAGUUCCCAAGCAAUCAGAUUCUUCCCAACUUUGAUAUCCUUCAAACUUAUUUGCAAUCUUUGUCAAGCUCUCAGAUCCCACUUCAAUUUGUACCCUCAACUCCUCCAUUAUUCGACCCAAAUAUGCUUGUAAAUUUCCAGUCACCUUUGCAAUCGGCAAUUAUUUGAAUUUUGAUUUAGAUUAGGAAAUCAUUAGAUAACUGUAUCGUUUAUUGGAAUCUCGGCAGAAUAUUGUUUUCAUUUUCAUAUUUUGCUAAUCUAUCAUAUUUUAAUUCGGGUUACUUUUCCCUUUGAUUUUAUAUUCAUAUUUGUCACCUAAUUUUUGUAAAUCUCAAUCGUUUGAAUUUGGAAUUUUUUUUGUCUGCUGACAAAAUUUUUUUUAAUUUGAAUUUUUUCCACUUCCGAUGGCUCGACCCUAUUUUUGUCCCUGUUCUGUGCUUUCCGUCGCUUAGUUAUUAUUUUUCAAUAACUUGGCGAAAUUAAUUUGUUUUUGGAAUAAAUUAUUUCAGUUUU